AGGUGAAAUGACAUAAGCUCCGGGCUUCACGGUGGCAGAGGGGUUAGUGCAUCUGCCUCACAAUACGAAGGUCCUGAGUAGUCUUGGGUUCAAUCCCGGGCUCGGGAUCUUUCUGUGUGGAGUUUGCAUGUCCUCCCCGUGACUGCGUGGGUUCCCUCCGGGUACUCCGGCUUCCUCCCACUUCCAAAGACAUGCACCUGGGGAUAAGUUGAUUGGCAACACUAAAUUGGCCCUAGUGUGUGGAUGUGAGUGUGAAUGUUGUCUGUCUAUCUGUGUUGGCCCUGCGAUGAGGUGGCGACUUGUCCAGGGUGUACCCCGCCUUCCGCCCGAUUGUAGCUGAGAUAGGCUCCAGCGCCCCCCGCGACCCCAAAGGGAAUAAGCGGUAGAAAAUGGAUGGAUGGAUGGACAUAAGCUCCUACGGUACACUAGACAAUAUCUCACGGUACACUAGUGUGCCGCGGCACAGUGGUUGAGAAACACUGAAUUAAGUAACGUCGCACUUUUAUUUCCCUACUGCGUUGUUGCAGCAGACACACUUGCCAAUACUACAAAGCCACAGUCAGGGGCCUCCGGUAGAUGGCAGAAUUGAGACACUGUAGCCUGUGAUCACUGCUAAUUGGCAACCGAAGAAGAAAAUGCGGAAGUUAGCGACAUUACGAAACCAAAGCCAACGCGACUGUAAUUGUAUUGCUGCGUGUUUGCUUAUUUCAGCACGUGUGUGCGACGUGUGUUAAAGAAACAAAACAAAAGCCUAUUUGCGCUUGGAUAAAAGAACCAAACUGACGGCGAAAGUUAUUAAAAUUGUCUUUUCAGUCCGCUUGUUUGCUAGCUGCGGCGGUUGCUAAGCAGGGAGCUAAUGUGUUUGUGUGAAAAAUGCGUCAAGUCAAGAUACUGCGAGCCUUGAUGGAGCAGCGACUAAAUGCUGUCGUGGAAGAAAUAUUUGGACUGUUUGAAAGAACCAUAGCCGAGUACGAGGAGGAACUGUCUCGGACAAAAGAGGAGAAAGAACGGCAAGAAGAACUACAGGACGCGGUUCUCAAACCUCCAGUUCAAUUACACAGAGCAGGCAUUCAUCAGGUGUUAGUGGAGAGUGAAGACGAGAUUGCUUCCGAGCAGCAGGAGUGGAUCUCCAGUGUUUGGCAGGAUGAGCCACAGCUCCCCUUCAUUAAAAAGGAAGAGGAGGAACCGUGGGAUCAGCUUCAAGGGCUGGAGGAGGCUGACAUCACCAAGUUGACUAGUGUCUCUUUGGAGACUAAAGAUGAAGACAGAGCUCAGAGCUCACAGCUUCAUCACAGUCAAAGUGAGGAGAACAGAUGGUCGGAGCCUCUAACUCAACACAUGACAGCAGAAGAUGGAGACAACCCGACGUCACUCUGCUCUGAGACCGAUCUCAGUGACGAGGACAAACCUGUAGAGAGUAACAGGGGCUCUAAAGGUGAUACGGUACGUCACACUGACAAGAAACACUUUGAAUGCUCGGAAUGUGCGAAAACAUUUGACCAAAAGGGAAAUUUGACAAUGCACAUGAGAAUACACACCGGAGAGAAACCCUUUGCUUGCUCAGUUUGCGCUAAAAGAUUCUCCUUGAAGGCUAAUUUGAAAAGACACCUGCUCGUACACACGGGGGAGAGACCCUUUUCUUGUUCAUUAUGCGCUAAAAGAUUCCGAGAUAAGUACGACAUGACCAUACACAUGAGGAAACACGCCGGAGGACAACGUUGGACGUCCGGCUGCUCAAGUCUUCACAUGACAACAGAGGAUGACGGAGAGCACUGUGGAGGAUCACAAGCGGACAGCAACUUUGCUCCGCUGUCGGGUUUGUACGACACGAUGUCACAAUCUUCCGAUACCGAUCACAGCGACGACGGCCGAGACCCUUUGGACUCUAAAGCUGACACGAGACAUCACGUUGACAACAAAAACUACGACUGCUCCGAAUGUGGGAAAACGUUUUCUCAGAGGGGAAGUUUGACAGUGCACAUGAGAAUACACACCGGUGAGAAACCUUUUACCUGCUCGGUUUGUUUGAAACGUUUCUCAAGAAAGGAGAAUAUGAUAAUACACACGAGAUUGCACAUGGAAGAGGAAAAAUAUCCCUGCUCGCUUUGUCCUAAAAGAUUCACCUGCAGGCGGUCUGUGGAGACGCACAUGAGAAUACACACCGGGGAGAAACCGUUCAGUUGCAAAGUGUGCGAUAAAAGGUUCAUGUAUAAGUUUCAGGUCACCAGACACAAGUGUGUAACAUAAGACAUUUUGACUUUUUACAGCAUACAAACAAACAAACUGUAAUUUUGAUCACAAUGAGUAUUUUAGUGGUGUUUCUCACUAAGUGUUGUGUAGUUUUUCGAGCUAAUAUAGUAAUGAUUUGUUAAUGCUCUCAUUAGUAUUACUGCAUUUCAUUUGGGGUUUUAUUCAAAUUAAAUAAUUCAGGUUUAAUGUUCUGUGUGGAAAUACUGUUAUUGUCACAACUGAACUGUGAGAUUGUAAGAUUAACUGUAAGAACUGUAAGAUUACUAUUAAAGUUAAAGUACACACACACACUAGGUGUGGUGAAAUUACUCUCUGCAUUUGAUCCAUCCCCUUGUUCCACCCCCUGGGAGGUGAGGGGAGCAGUGAGCAUCAGUGGUGGGCGCGCUCGCGAAUCAUUUUGGUAAUUUAACCCCCAAUUCCAACCCUUGAUGCUGAGAGCCAAGCAGGGUCCCAUUUUUAUAGUCUUUGGUAUGACUUGACCUACCGAUCUCAGGGCGGACGCUCCAACCACAAGGCCACUGAGCAGGUGUAUUCUUUGUGUUUAAUCACGUGACUUUUUCUGACCUGCUUUCUACUUCCGGUGAACAAUGUGGUGGGCCACCAAACCAAAAUGGCUACCUUACAGCAAACCCACUUAAAAUGCCGUAAGAGACACUCCACAUUGAUAUAGUUCUGUGAAAAUUAUUGUCUUAUGUGCAAAUUUAAAAAUGUAACAGUGGAAAUCACAAAAGAGGUGCCGUAUUUUUCGGAGUAUAAGUCGCACUGGAGUAUAAGUCGCAUCUGCCGAAAAUGCAUAAUAAAGAAGGAAAAAAACAUAAUAAAUCGCACUGGAGCCCGGCCAAACUAUGAAAAAAACUGCGACUUAUAGUCCGAAAAAUACGGUAGUUGAUACAUAGAAGCGUGUUUAUUUAUGCUUUUUUGUUUUUAUUCAAUCCUAGAUGGGCUUUGAUUUACCGGUAGUUUAAUUGCUGUGUGGACACACUGAGAUUACGUCUAAAUUCAUUCUGUUCUUCAUGGUGUUUUUGAAACUGCACCAUUUAUUCCUCAAGAUUUUUUUACUCACUUGACGUGUUUUGUCAAGAGGAUUAUUUGUGAUAUGUACAUUUUUCAGAAUGUGCUUGUUCUAUUUUGGGCCAAAGUACAACAAAGAAAACACUAUUGAAGUUGUCGUAGUUGUAUUGUUAAGUUAUUACGCCGUGAUUUUCCCCGUCCGGCCCACGUAGGAAUAGAUUUUCCUCCAUGCGGCCCCCUGAGCUUAAAUGAGUUUGACACCCCUGGCCUAAAACAACGCAAGCGUAAAGCUUUUUU